AUGUCUUCCAAGUCGCAAUUGACAUACGGCGCUCGCGCCGCCAACCACCCGAACCCGCUGGCCCGCAAGCUCUUCCAGGUUGCCGAAGCCAAGAAGAGCAAUGUGACCGUCUCCGCCGACGUGACCACUACCGCCGAGCUCCUCGACCUGGCCGACCGCCUCGGUCCUUACAUUGCCGUGAUCAAAACCCACAUCGACAUCCUUUCCGACUUCAGCCAGGCGACUAUCGACGGACUGAACGCGCUCGCCGCCAAACACAACUUCCUCAUCUUCGAAGACCGCAAAUUCAUCGACAUCGGCAACACCGUCCAAAAACAAUACCACCAAGGCACUCUCCGCAUCUCUGAAUGGGCCCACAUCAUCAACUGCAGCGUUCUCCCCGGCGAAGGCAUCGUCGAAGCCCUCACCCAAACCGCCCAGUCCCCGGACUUCCCCUACGGCUCUGACCGUGGCCUCCUCAUCCUCGCUGAGAUGACAUCCAAGGGCUCCCUCGCAACAGGCUCCUACACCUCCGCGUCCGUGGACUAUGCGCGCAAGUACCAAAGCUUCGUGCUGGGUUUCGUGUCGACCCGCUCGCUGAGCGAGGUCGAGUCGACCGUUGCGAAGAAUGAGAAUGAGGACUUUGUCGUCUUCACCACUGGUGUGAACCUUUCCUCGAAAGGAGACAAGCUCGGUCAGCAGUAUCAGACUCCUCAGUCUGCUAUCGGGCGUGGCGCAGAUUUCAUCAUUGCGGGUCGUGGUAUCUAUGCGGCACCGGAUGCCGUCGAGGCAGCUAAGCAGUACCAACAGCAGGGGUGGGAGGCUUAUAUGGCGCGUGUGGGUGGUCAGUAG